AUGGCAGGGAGCCUGGAGGCUGUGGCCAUGGACUGUGAGAUGGUAGGGCUGGGACCCUUCCGGGUGAGUGGCCUGGCUCGCUGCAGCAUCGUGAACUUCUCUGGCAUCGUGCUCUAUGACAAGUUCAUCCGGCCCGAGGGGGAAAUCACCGAUUACAGGACCCCAGUCAGUGGGGUCACACGCCAGCACAUGGAGAGAGCCACACCAUUUGCUGUGGCCAGGCUAGAGAUCCUACAGCUCCUGAAAGGCAAACUGGUGGUGGGUCAUGCCCUGAAACACGACUUUGAGGCGCUGAAGGAGGACAUGAGCGGCUAUGCCAUCUAUGACACAUCCACCGACCGGCUGCUGUGGCAGGAAGCCAACCUGGGCCACUGCAGGCGCGUCUCCCUGCGCGUGCUGAGUGAGCGCCUCCUCCACAGGCGCAUCCAGAACAGCCGACAUGGACACAGCUCGGUGGAAGACGCGAGGGCGGCGAUGGAGCUCUACCGAAUCUCCCAGCGACUUCGAGCCCGCUGAGGGCUGCCCCUUCUGGCCGUAUGGGACCAAAGCUCAACCCAGCUCCUUCCUUAGGAACUAGAGGCUUUCAUCUCUUCAAGA